UAAAAUCAAAUUACUUUGUAGUUUUAAAACAGUUCUGCAAAUCAAAAUGAUUUUGGUUUAAUAAUAUAGUUUUUUAAAAUGUCACACUUAAGCAGUGCUAGAGUUAAUUUAGCUCAAUUCAGAGAAGCAACACGUCGCAAUUUAUUGCUUUGUCUUGAUAAAUGUGUUGGUAGCAAGGCAAUUAUUUGGGAUGAUAAGCUAACGGGAACUGUUAGUCUUAUUGCUGAGUACAGUUUACUAAAGGAACAUGAAGUUGGAAAAAUGUUUACACUGGCUAAAGGUAAAUUGCCCAAUUGCGAAGAACAUCAUUUGGUUUAUUUUGUCCGACCUAAGCUUGAAACUAUGAAAAUUAUUGCUGAAAACAUCAAAGAAGAAAGAGCAAAAGGAUCUUUAAAAGACUUUCACAUUUUUUUUGUUCCGAACAAGAGCACGCUUUGUGAGAAUAAAUUAAAAGAACUCAAUGUUUAUGCAGAAUUUUCCACUAUAGAUAAAUUUGAUAUAAGUUUAAUUCCAUUUGAAAACGAUGUAUUAUCACUGGAACAGGAUAAAGCAUUUUAUGAAUGUUAUGUGGAAAAUGAUUUCACCACUUUGCAUCAAGUUGCAAAUUCCUUAAUGACACUUCAAGCUUUGUAUGGUGUGAUCCCACAUAUACUUGGAAAAGGAGAAAUGUCAGCUAAAGUUACUGAAAUAAUGUUGCGCAAGCGUAAAGAAAUGGUGGACUAUGAAUCUCACAUAACACCACUUAUUGAUAGACUCUUACUUAUUGACCGCAACAUUGAUUUGAUUACACCAUUGCUAUCACAACUUGUAUAUGAAGGGCUCAUUGAUGAAAUUUUCAAGAUUGAAAAUACUAACUGUCAGCUACCCUCUGAUUGCAUAUCUAGCAACAAAGAUAAUCGACAACAGCAAAGUGAUAAUGGUACAUCAAAAACAAAGGUUGCAUUAAAUUCUUCAGAUAAUCUUUUUGCUGAGCUUCGAUCAAUGAACUUUUCAGCUGUUGCUGCUGUACUAAGUCGUGAAGCUAAGCGUCUUGCUGCUGAACAAGAGGAACAUCGUACUGCUAAAACAGUAGGUGAAAUGAAACAAUUUGUGCAUAAACUUCCACAUAUACAAGCAGCAAAAAAGUCCUUAUUCUUGCAUACUGGCAUAGCCGAGAAGAUAAAAGAAAAAACAGAUUUGGAUGAUUUCAGAGAGGCAUUAGGAACAGAGCAAGAGUUUUUCAAUGGAAUUGAUACAGACAAAGCACAUCCAUACAUAGAGAAAUGCAUUGCAACCAAGGAGCCACUUAUAAAAGUUUUACGUUUGAUUUGUUUGCAAUGUUGUACCAACAAUGGAUUUAAAAUAAAGCUACUUGAUUAUUACAAAAGAGAACUUUUCCAUACUUAUGGAUUAGAACUGUUGUCGACAUUUCUAAACUUAGAAAAGGUUGGUUUGUUGCGCCAAACCGCCGUUCGAAACUAUCCUACAUUGAAGAAAAACUUAAAGCUUGUUGUUGAAGGAGUCCACGAACAGAAUCCGAACGAUAUUGCCUAUGUGCAUUCUGGUUUUGCUCCAAUAUCUAUUAGGCUUGCCCAGUUUCUCGAGCGUUCCUCUAGUUGGAAAGGAAUGGAAGAAAUUCUAAAGUUACUUCCAGGACCAAAUACAGAAGAAUUUCAAGAUAUUCCGAUAUCGCUUCUGAAAAAAGCCGGUACCCAUCUUGGAACUAAUAAUUCAAACUCUGAAAAUCUGCCAAAAAUAACGCUUGUGUAUUUCAUUGGCGGAUGUACAUACUCAGAAAUAUCUGCUUUGAGAUUCUUAGCACAACAGGAGAACGCUGUCACGAAUUACGUCAUUGCCACAACAAAGAUUAUCAAUGGAAACGAUUUAAUAGAUUCACUUAUAGAAAACUUUGCCAAAGCACCAAUAAGCGCAUGAUGCGACUAUAUUAGAAUUUCGAUUAGCUAGUUUAAAGUCAAUGAAAUUUUUUGGCACUAUCAGUUGUGCAAACUUAAA